GCGAACGACGUGAGACAAUUCACACCUUCGCCAGACGAGCCACAAAGUUCCCAGCCCCUCCUCGACGCGGAAUCCCGAAGAGACCCGGAGGAACUGCUGCGAUAUGGGUCUCAAGAGCCACUACCCCACGGGCUGUAUCUCCCCCCCUCCUCUUGCAUCCCUCCACCGCGCGCUACCAGCUACCAGCUGGACACUCCUCAGUUUUCGUCGUCCGCGCAGCCACUUCCUCACCCACAGACUCCUUUACUCCUGAUGACGCCUCCUCCGGAUUAUCUCCCCACGAGCGCUGAGCUCGUCAACACACUUCGCACUCCUACCCCGUACUUCCGGCCGUCAUAUCAAGCGUCGUCCCAGUCAUGGCCCCCUCUCCAUGUUCCAUCCACUAGCACCGAUAGCCACUGGAUGCCACUCGCUUCCACGGGGGCCCAAUCGUUCCUCUCCCAGUUCGCAGCACCCACUUUUGCGAACGCCCCCUCCUCUGGUCCCUUGAGCCCUCCGAUAUGGUACUCACAGGGACCAUACACACACCCGUCGCUGGCACCUCCCGUCCAGAUGCCAACCCCUGAUGUCUCCUCGGUCGGCCCAUCUCGUGUUCGGAGACCCCACAAGCGGCUACAGCCAUAUUAUCGAGAUGAGGGCAACUACGCACCUCCAACAUCAUUGCCCGGAUUCCUCGUCGCCGGCCCCUCUUCCCAGUUCCAGGAACCCCCUGUCGCUGGUCCCUCACGGCCUCGACAACCACGGCACCGUCACCGAUCACCCCCAGCUCCCUCCCUCCCUCCUCCUUCUCCAUACCCUUCCAAUCCCCACCAAUCAUACCCGUCGCCGCCCUUCCCCACUCCCCCUCUGCUUUGUACACCUCCCUCCCCGAUAAACCCACUCGCUUUCAACCGGGCCCAGAAGCGAAAGCGACAGCGGGCAGAUGACGAGGACGAAGACGAGGUACAGCGUCCACGGAGGAGGAAACAGGGCCCUUCACGUCCAGAGCAAAUCUCUGCGACGUGCCAGGUUGGUUGUGCCCCUCAUGGGGUCCAACCACCGCAACAUAUAACAUUUGCGAACGACGAGCCGGAGGAAGACCUCCGACCUCAAGCCGCCCCCAAACGUGUCAAUCGUAGGGUGGUGGGACCACGGAAGGCGUCAACCAGCUCAACGCCAGCGCCGAAGCGAAACCAGCCAAAAGGGAAACCAGAGGCCGUGAAGAACCGGUAUCCUUGCCCCAUAGCAGGAUGCCCGUGCGACUUCACGAGCACAAGCGACAUGAAGAGACAUGUUGGCACCGCCAGAAGCCAUCAAGGCUUCCGGGACGGAGCCGACUGGCCCGCGUUCAUAACAGAGCAUGCGCUACAAGACUGUCACCUUCUUCACUAUUGCGAUAUUUGCGACGUAGAGCGCAAAGCGUCCAUGCGAUUGGAUGCCCUCAUCCGUCAUAGAAGAGAUUCUCAAAACCACUUGGAUAAGGUCGCUGCCAGCGGCCAAAGUGCUUAGCGCUGAGUAGGCGGCUCGCGGAUGCAGGUCUCUGUCGCGGCCAGUAGUCGGAGGAGCGGGGCAGGACGAGUAGAGAGGAGCGAUUGAACGAACAAACAACAUACCCACUCUGAUUUAUACCCCUCUCGCACCCCACCUCAGCACACGCUCCCUUGUUCUUGACCUGGACGAUGGAGAUCAUUUGCCCCAUCCGCUACUGGCUCCGUCGCGGUGACGGUUUCCAUCCUGGACAGAAUGAGGAGACUCGACGUGGGGCCCUUGUUCCAAAACUAGAAUCACUUACGUUCUCGCCUUUUACCCAGCAACGCCACGCUUCUCCCAACUAUGGACAUCUUUUUUCACCUCUGACGUUUCCUCUGUCAACCUCACUCAAUUUUUCCUUUGUUCUUUCCCUUGUUCUUGCCGUGCGUUUCCGUGCACCUAUACCUACCUUUACGCCUUGUACAAUUCUUAGAUGAUUAGAAGAUUUCAUUACUGCUACUCUGCUCCGGACUCUGUUUUACUCUGCUCCACUGAUGAUCGAACGAAUCAUACUGGAUUUCUCGAC